AAAGGUAUCUCUUUGUCUUCAGAAUAGGUUAUGUCAAAUUUAUUGAAUUCGCUCAAUCUGUUUUCGAAAGUGGAUUUGGCUGGUGGAAGAGGGUUAGGAAAAUCGAUCAAACGUAGAACAUAUACAAUCAAAAGCGAUCAGACCCCUACACAGAGCAACUCGGGGGGCGAGCCAGGGUUUUUGGAUUGUUUUAAACAAUUUUUUGAUAAGGCGGCCUCGAACUUGAAAAUUUCGCCGGGUAGGUUGCAAGGCCUCAGAACGUGCGAUUCCGUGCUGAGGGUUGAAUUUCCGUUUAAGAAUGAAAGGACAGGAGACUACGAAAUAAUUACAGGGUACCGGGUUCAGCACAGCCAUCAUUUGCUCCCGUGUAAGGGUGGCAUUCGCUAUUCUAGCACCGUUCAUUUGGAUGAAGUCAUGGCCCUGGCUUCGCUCAUGACUUACAAAUGUGCAGUCGUCGAUGUCCCCUUUGGAGGUGCUAAAGGUGGCAUAUGUAUAGAUCCCAAAUUCUACACACCUUCCCAGCUUGAGCGGAUCACUCGGAGGUACACCAUGGAAUUGUGUCAGAAGAACUUCAUAGGCCCCGGAAUCGAUGUUCCUGCGCCGGAUAUGGGUACUGGCCCGAGAGAAAUGUCGUGGAUUAAGGACACUUAUCAGAAGUUGAACAGUUCAAAUGUCGAUUCGAUUGCCUGUGUCACUGGAAAGCCUAUUUCUUCGGGGGGUCUCCGAGGCAGAAUUGAGGCAACCGGCUUAGGCGUUUACUUUUGUAUACGAGAGUUCCUCAGCAAACCUCAAGUACAGGCACAGUCCGGUCUGACCGAAGGGUUAGAUGGUAAGACUGUAAUUAUACAGGGGUUUGGAAAUGUGGGAUAUUAUGCAGCGAAGUUUUUGCAUGGAGCCGGUGCUAAAAUUAUCGGUGUUUUGGAGUUCAAUGGCGGCAUCAUGAACCAAUCGGGUCUAGAACCAGAGGCAGUGUUACAGUACAUGAAAUCAAGAGGCACAUUGAAGGGGUUUCCAAAUGCCACAUUCGUUCCUUAUCCCAAUUCGUUACUCUUAUUGGAGGAGUCUUGCGACAUUUUAGUGCCCGCUGCACUGGAAAGACAAAUACACAUGAACAACGUGAGCAAAAUCAAGGCGAAGGUUGUGUGCGAGGCGGCAAAUGGGCCCAUCACGCCUCUCGCGUCUGACAUUUUGACAUCUAAAGGCAUCGUUGUCAUACCAGACUUGGUCGCGAAUUCCGGCGGCGUGACGGCGUCUUACUUCGAGUGGCUGAAAAACCUGUCUCAUGUCAGAUUUGGACGCUUGUCAAGAAAAUGGGAGGAAUCUUCCAAAAAAGAAAUUGUAAGAUAUAUCGAAGACACCACCAAAACGCAAAUCGAUCCCAAGAGGAAGCUGUUGAUAACUGAAGGGGCCAGCGAGAUCGAUAUUGUGCAAAGCGGGUUGGAAGAUACGAUGAACAAUGCAGUUGCUGAAACCUAUGAAAAAUCCAAGAGUCUGAACUUCGAUUAUCGGUCUGCAGCGUACCACAAUGCAAUUAUCAAGAUCGUGAAUGUCAGUGACGAAUCUGGUAUUUUUUUCUAAGAGCACGAGCUAGGAUUGCAUGUUGAGUACGGGCGCGGUGGGUCCUUGCGUGGAGAAGGAGUGCUUUAAUGUUCGCACUCUAUUCCAGAUUUUUGCUGCGCACGCAAAUGACGAUGCCUAAUAAAACAAACACCGUUCCAAUAAUCGUUCCUUUAGCGUUGAGGGUUUCCGCCGGGGGCGGAGGCUCCGAGGGUUAGUUUCAGAUUUAUGUUGGUUUUCUUAAGGUAAAAGAGGCGUUCAACUUUUUCGGACAGGUUCCCCAAAAAGCGAGCUGGU